GAAAUCAUUCAUUUAGACCCUUAAACCCUAACAAUCAGCCCCAAACCAAAGCAGUUCAACAACAGAAAAAAAUUAGAAAUGAAAUUCACUGACUCGCCGGUGACCGAACUUCCGAUCAAGGACAAGCUCCUUUCUAUCCAGCAAGACAACGGCUCCAUGCACGUCGGCACCUCCGUCUGGCCGUGCUCUCUCAUCCUCUCGAAAUUCGCCGAUCGCUGGUCCUCCGCCACCGCCGAAACCACAAACCCUUACUCCGCCAUCCUCAACUUCUCCGCCACUCCCCGCCGCCGCGGAAUCGAGAUCGGCACUGGCUGUGGAGUUGCCGGUAUGGCCUUCUACCUCCUCGGACUUACCGACAUCAUUUUAACCGACAUUGCUCCGGUAAUGCCUGCACUUAAGCAUAAUUUAAAACGGAAUAAGCAAACCCUAGGUAAAAUGCUGAAAACGUCGAUUUUGUAUUGGAAUAAUAAAGAUCAGUUAACGGCGUUGAAUCCGCCGUUUGAUGUAGUUAUAGCGACGGAUGUUGUUUAUAUUGAGGAGAGUGUGAGGGAUUUAGUGACGGUUAUGGAUGAUUUAGUUGCGGAAAACGGUGUCAUUUUGUUAGGGUAUCAAUUGAGGUCACCUGAAGCGGAUAAGAAGUUUUGGGAAAUUUGUAUAGAGGUGUUUGAGAUUGAGAAGGUUCCUCAUGAGGAUUUGCAUCCAGAUUAUGCUUAUGAGGAGACUGAUGUUUUUAUUUUUCGCAAGAAGAAGAAGAUAACCGUAUAAUUACAUGCCGGUUUUCGGAAGAAUGAGAAAUGUUGCAGAAAAAAUGAAAACUUUGUGAGAAAGUUGAGAAUCAAUUGGAGUAUAGCUCUGUUCUGUAGUGAAUAUUACUAUUUCCAAGAAGAGUUGAUUAUGCAUUAUCAAAUUAUUACGGGGAUGCAUGAAUUUCCUAAUUAGCGCGGACAUCAGGUGUCUAUGAUGCAUGGAUCAAUUACAUUGUGCUGGCUACCCUUACUGCGGAAUAUUGUUCACUGCAAGUGUUUUGAUGAAGCUCCUUUUAUUCUUAAACUUCACCACAGAAGUUCAGAAAUCGGAGCUCAUGUCAGAUGGAGCAAUGGUUUCAUAGAUUCAGCCAAGAGGCCGUGAUUGCUGGUGUACUUCUCCAGCAUGGAAGCAGGACCAGUCAGACUAGCGUAUAUCUCCUCUCCUGAUAAUAAGUUGCUGGUAUCAAGCCAACUAAAUGUCAGAUUUCCAGGUGAGUAUGAAUUGGCAUGAUCAUCAUCAGAUGCAGUUGCAGAUGUUGUCGAUGCAAGUGCUAGCAUCUCUCGAGCCUUGUUCAGCUCGUAUUUUAACAUCUGAACUUCUUUCUCGAGGUUAAUCUUCUCUGCUAGCACAUUACCUAGCUCGUGCUGGAUGUUCUUGUACUCGUGCUCUUUCGUUUCGACUUUGUGCCUGGCUCUUUUGUUCUGAUACCAUAUCGCGACUUGUCUUGGCGGGACUCCUAGUUGGCUAGCAAGUUCGAGCUUGUGUUCGGCUUUUAGCUUCUGGUUGGCAUUGAAAUUUGAUUCCAGGAUUUGAAGUUGGUCUCCGGCGAGCCUUUUUUUGCCGGGUUUUGAAGAGUGGUGGCUUGGAGUUUGGGAUUGGUGGAAAUGAGAAUUCAUUUUGUUUCUAGGAUUGCACUCUUCUUUGGUUAGGCUUGAGCUUGGAUACUCUUUUAUAGGCCUCUUUGGCAGGCGUAUUGAGAGAGAGAGAAAAGAGAGGUGGCUUAUCACUUUUGUGGUACCACUAUGAUCAAUUCAGUGGUUUUGUUUUUUUUAAUAUAAAUUCAUAUAAAUUCAGUGGUUUAUAUGAGUGUAUCGUACAUUGUUUUAGAAACUAAACCGGUGGCUGAACGGUUGUGGUCCCAGGUUCAUAGUUUAACCGGUUUAAUCACCGGUUGAACCACUUAAAUAAAAAAUAAGGCAAAAUAAAUUAUCUACCAUAGAUAUACUAUGAUUUUUAAA